AUGUUUCUCUAUGGUAUGCUUAAUCGUGCUUUACGAAUGCUCGAUAUGGAGAUAAUGACAAAAUUAGGAUUUUUUAUACGACGUUUACAUAUUCAGCUGGAAAACUUGCACAGGGAACAAUCAGCUAAUUUUCAAAAAAUGUUUACCGUUUAUUGCGGUCAAGGCCCAAGUCAAGAAGAUUUUCAGCAUCUAGUUGAUAUAAAAGGUGGACUCCUUUCAUUCAAUAACUUCCUCUCAACUAGUAAGGAGCAAAGCGUCGCCACGAAUUUCGUUCAAGGAGCCCUGCAAAAAAAUCAAGACGUUGUUGGUGUUAUUUUUAUUAUGACUAUUGAUCAAAGUAAAAUAUCAACUUCGAGUACUCCAUUUGCUAUGAUUGACGAGCACAGUGCUAUUCCAUCAGAACAAGAAAUACUAUUUACAAUGCACACGGUUUUUCGUGUCGUUGAAAUUAAACAGACGGCUAACAAUAAUCGGCUUUGGGAAGUACAAUUGAAUAUUACUGGUGAUAAUGACCAACAACUUUCUACUCUUACCAAUCGUAUCAAAGAGGAGAUCGGCGGUAGAGGGUGGCAACGAAUGGGUAAAUUGAUGCUCAAAGUAGGUCAUUUCAAUCAAGCUGAAGAACUCUACAAGGAAUUACUCGAAAAUGUUUCCACUGAUAGUGAUAGAGCAUUUAUGUAUCACCAGCUUGGAUACUUGAAAGAUCAACAAGGUAAAUAUCAAAAAGCAGUUACUUUCUACGAAAAAUCACUCGAAAUCGAGCGGAAAACUCUUCCAGAAGAUGAUGCUUCAUUGGCUCCUACUAAUAGCAACAUUGGUCUAGUGUAUGACAACUUGGGUGAAUACUCGAAAGCACUAGAAUUUUACGAAAAAUCACUCGAAAUAAGAGAAAUAUCUCUGCCUCUGAAUCAUCCCGAUUUGGCUAUUUCCUACGCCAACAUCGGUAGUGUGUAUAGCAACAUGGGUGAAUACUCGAAAGCACUGGAAUUUUACGAAAAAUCACUCAAAAGAAUGGAAAUAUCUCUGCCUCCGAAUCAUCCUGAUUUGGCUAUUUCCUACAACAACAUUGGUAAUGUGUAUAAUGGCAUGGAUGAAUACUCGAAAGCACUUGAAUUUUACAAGAAAUCAAUUAAAAUCUAUGAAAUAUCUCUGCUUCCGAAUCAUCCCAAUUUGGCUGCUACCUACGGCAACAUCGGUCUAGUGUAUAACGGCAUGGAUGGAUACUCGAAAGCACUUGAAUUUUACAAGAAAGCCAAUAAAAUCUAUGAAAUAUCUUUGCCUCCAAAUCAUCCUGAUUUGGCUAUUUCCUACGUCGGCAUCGGUGUAGUGUAUUACAGAAUGGGUGAAUAUUCAAAAGCACUUCCGCUUCUAGAAAAAGCACUUGGUAUUUUUCGAAAGUCACUUCCUUCAACACAUCCACAUAUUAAAAGUGUAAUGAUUAGUAUAGAAGAAGUGAAAAAGAAGUUGUAA